GGAGGAUGCCAGUGCGAACUGUGCAGUUGUGCUGUAGAGGUGAAAAAGUGUCGCAACAUUUUCCCCUAAUACUAUCCUUUACAAGUUUUUUGCAGAGGUUCGAAUAUCACAAUCUAUCCGGACUUAUUACUCUGAAACACCCUCUAUAGUAUGCGGUAGUCGCCUCUGCCUGCAUUUUGCUGCAGCUGCGACUCCUCAAUGAAACUCAUUGUAGCGACAACACGUUGUUAGGGCAGGCGAGACGAGUGAACGGCGCAGUGAAUGUAAUCACGCUGAGCGGGGAACGGAGCUGCGUCUCUCUGGCAUCGUCCGGCUGUGCGGGAGCAAGACAGGACAUUUUUUUAACGAAUGUGGAGGUGAGGACAUAGCAGCUGUGAGACAGGUGUGUGUACAUUUUUCAAGCUGGAUGCUGUGGGGACCAAUCAGCACCACCAUUUGAAUCCUGACUGCAACUUUCUGAGAGACACAGAGAAAGCCGCCGUCAAAUCUGGAACAAGACAUGUGCUGAGUGUCUUGGACACUUACAAACGUGUCCCAAGCAGCGCGCCUCCUUUUUUUUUUGCCUCAGGCUAAUUUUUUCCUCUUUUUUUAUUGAGCUUCAUUUGUUUUUUUGUUUUUUUCCCCCUUUUUUUGCCUGGCGUCCGCUGUCCAAAUGAAGCCAGACAGCCCUCUUAUGUGGAGUGUGAUCAGCCAGGCCCUGCUGCUGCUGCUGGUGGCCCAGUGGGAGCUGGGAUGCUAUGGGAUGACUCUGAACUCCAUUCCUCUCCCGCGGGUCCCUCGCCAGUCCCACAGGGCCCGUGCCGGAGUGCUGGCCCACAGGCAGAAGCGCAGCUGGGUGUGGAAUCAAUUCUUUGUCCUGGAGGAGUUCACAGGCGACGAGCCGCUCUACGUUGGCAAGCUGCAUUCCGACGUGGAUAAAGGAGAGGGCCAGGUGAAGUACAUACUGAUGGGCGAGGGUGCCUCGUCCAUUUUCACCAUCGACGAGAACACGGGAGACAUUCACGCCAUCAAGCGCCUGGACCGCGAGGAGCAGGCUUACUACACGCUGCGGGCUCAGGCCCUGGACUACCACUCCAGCACCCCUGUCGAACCCGAGUCGGAGUUCGUCAUCAAGGUCCAGGACAUAAAUGACAACGAGCCCCGGUUCCCCAAUGGACCGUACACCGCCAGAGUGCCGGAGAUGUCCCCAGUUGGCACAUCGGUGGUUCAAGUGGUGGCAACAGAUGCGGAUGACCCCACAUAUGGAAACAGUGCUCGGGUGGUGUAUAGCAUCCUUUCGGGACAGCCAUACUUUUCCGUGGACCCCAAAACAGGGGUCAUCAAGACAGCCCUCGACGGCAUGGACCGCGAGACGCGGGAACAGUACCUGCUGAUCAUCCAGGCCAAGGAUAUGGUGGGACAGAUGGGCGGCCUCUCUGGCACCACCUCGGUGACGGUUACCCUGUCGGACGUGAAUGAUAACCCACCUCGCUUCCAGCCCAAAUCCUAUCAGUUUUGGGUGCCCGAGUCUCUGCCUGUAGCAUCGUCAGUAGGCAAGAUAAAGGCGCUGGACUCAGAUAUUGGGCGCAACGCAGAGAUGGAGUACAGAAUUAUAGAUGGAGACGGCCUUGGGAUGUUCAAGGUCACUACCGACAAAGACACACAGGAAGGAGUCAUCACUCUACUAAAGAAUUUGGAUUAUGAGACCAAAGAGAAAUAUUCCCUGAGGAUUGAGGCCGCAAAUCCAUAUCCUGACACCAGGUACUUGAGCGAAGGGAUGUUCACUGACACGGCGACGGUGAGGGUGACCGUGGGUAAUGUGGACGAGCCCCCAGUGUUCUCCUCGCCGCUCAGCAAAAUGGUGGUGUCUGAGGACGCCGCAGUGGGCACCACCAUCGGCACGGUCUCGGCGAACGACCCCGACAACCCCAAGAGUCCCAUAAGGUACUCAAUAGACCGCAACACAGACCUGGAGCGCUUCUUUGACAUCGACGCAACAAGUGGAAUCAUCAGCACAGCCAAGACGCUGGACAGAGAGGCCAACGCGGUGCACAACAUCACCAUCCUCGCCAUUAAGACGCUCGACCCUGCUCAAGUUGGACGUGGUACAGCCCUGAUUACUGUCAUGGACAUCAAUGACAACGCGCCUGUGUUUGCUAUAGAGUACGAGACGUUCCUGUGUGAGAGCUCCACUCCCGGCGAGAUGAUCGAAACCAUAAGUGCAGUGGAUCGAGACGAACCCCCCAGUGGACACCGCUUCUUCUUCUCCCUUGGUCCCGAGGCAGCUGGCAACCUGAAUUUCACCUUGAGAGACAACAAAGACAACACGGCCUCUAUCCUGACCAAGCGCGUGGGCUUCCAACGGCGACAGCAGUCCCUGUACCGGCUGCCGGUGCUCAUUGUGGACAGUGGCAUGCCGGCGUUGAGCAGCACCAACACCCUCUCCAUCCGCGUGUGCGAGUGCGACGGGGACGGCCGUCCGCAGUCCUGCGGCGCCGAGGCCUUCAUGCUGUCCGCGGGACUCAGCACCGGAGCCCUCAUGGCUAUCCUGGCGUGUAUCCUCACCCUGCUGGUGCUGGUAUUGCUCAUCGUGAUGAUGCGUCGGCGCAAGAAGGAGCCCCUGAUCCUGGACGAGGACCGCGACGUGCGGGAGAACAUCGUGCGCUACGACGACGAGGGCGGCGGCGAGGAGGACACAGAGGCCUUCGACAUGGUCGCGCUGCGGAACCUCAACGUGGUGCGCGACGGCAAGGCCCGCCGGGACGUCACCCCGGAAGUGACGACGUUGUACGCGCCGCGGCCCCCGCCCUACAAGGCCGCGCCGGCGGACAACAACGGCCUCUUCCGGGAGUUCAUCUGGGACCGGCUCAAGGAGGCCGACGUGGACCCCGGGGCACCGCCGUACGACUCCCUACAGACGUACGCCUUCGAGGGCAGCGGCUCCGUGGCCGAGUCCCUCAGCUCCCUGGACUCCCUGAGCUCGGACUCGGACCAGAACUACGAUUACCUCAGCGACUGGGGUCCACGCUUUAGAAAGCUGGCUGACAUGUACGGCCACGCCGAUGCCAGUAAUAUAUUCUCCUAGCCGGGGGUUGUGUUUGCAUUUCGAAUCUUUUUUUCAAUUUUUUUUCUCUUUUUUUUGAGGUUUUUGGAUUUUGUAACGUCCUGCCUGGCUGCCUGACCUUCAGCGUGAAGCUUUGGCCAGAGCAGGAGAGGAGUGUGGCGCAGAUGGGAAUAUGAAUAUUAUGAAUCUUGAAUAUGAUUUCAAUUUACUGUGGAACAACCAUCCGUCUCCGUGUUGAAAAACCAACAAGCACACAAGAAACAUUCUUGAAAGUGAAGAGCAAGACUUGUUUUCAAGGUUUUUUCUGUGGGGGGGGAGUAGGUUGUGUCACGGACGCAACUAUCGCCAAUACAAAGUCCACAGAGAAGCUCCAGCAGACUUUUCAAUUUGUUUAUAAUUGCAACACUUGAAAUUUACAGGAAAGGAGAGACUUCGUGUGUCAUUGGAGCUCAAUGCCACAUGUAUAAAAGAACCUUUUAUAUGAAGGAUGUGCACUUCAGUGCAUUGCUGUCAAAUGUGAAGGAUGUAGGUAUUGGAGUUCUUACUCCGCUGGUCUCGUCAUAAUGCGCUCCUCAGUCCAAAUCAAUGUUGCUCUACUUACAACCAUGAAGAGUAUUGGAAUCAUUUGUGAAUCUUGGCUUUUUGGGGGCAAAAAAGAUAUCACAAGUAAUGUGAACCUUCCUAGUGGGAUGUUGCCUGCCCAACACUAAUAUUGAACUUUUUUUAUUUUUUCUGUCAAGUACAAUUGAACAUUUCUGAAACAGUCAGCUUGAGACAAAUGUUUGAAGGCAAAGGCUUCAGUAAAGACUAAAGGUAUUCUGUAGUAGUAAACGGGUACCACAGUGAAAGUACCAGUUUUACUGUAUGCUUGGUCUCGUGCUGCACAACAUGUAAGGACUAUUACUGUCAAAAGCAGAACCAUUGCAGACUGCCUCCCUGUUCGCCAAUGAGCCUAAUCAGGUGAAGGAGAUGUGGCUCUGAAAGACAUGGCUAUUACUGUUGCCCUGGUUAUUACAUGGUUAUUACUGUUGCCGUCAGCAGAUGCGUGACUGGUCAGGAAACCUAGAGUAGAAUCAGGGGUGCGGUUUGGUAGGGGUACACAGUAAAUGUUGCGGUGUUAAUUCAACACUUAAAGAGUUCAUUUAAGUCCAAAUGAUGCCAAAUCAACUCUUUAAGUGUUGAAUGAGCACUGCAGAAUUUACUGUGUGGGGUGGGGUGGUGUGGGUUUGGGAUGCUGCGAGGAUUACUUUGCAUCAUAUGGAGCUUUUUUUCUGUACGGCUGCCUCACUAGAUACUGUGCCAUGUAGAAGGUGGAAGAUGUUGAGGAUAGUUUUUUUAUUUUUUAAGAAACGAAGGAACUAUCGAUACGCUAAUCAAAGCCCAGAGCAGCUAGGACGUCUGUAAUUAGUGCAUUCAGUUACAGUUUCUCGUUACUCUGAAAUAUUGAUGUGGACCAUAAAACAAUAUUUAUAACAUCCUCAAAGGGAAUAUCCCCUGACAUAGGAUUACAUGGAAGUGCCCACAAAAAAGUAUUGACUGAUGAAUAGUGGACAGAGACAUUCACUGGUUCAUCUUUUUUAAAAUCGGCUAAUGGACGGCAUUAUUAAUAUGCUUCCCCAGCGGUCACUGAAAUAUGACCCUGGGAAUAAGUAUAUUGGGUUCUUUGAUAUUUGCUAUGAAGUCAUGCUUUUGAAGAGAGAGUGCGGAACCAGUGAAUUCACUGGCGUAAGCAACCAGUGAGUUUGAUGAAUGGGCCAGGGCAUGUCCAAAUGCUUAAAAGGCCUUAGCUAAAUUAACCCCUGAAAGCGAUUUGAUGGAUGAUUCUAGCUGUUACAGAGCAUAAACAUACAUCCACAAACAUGCUUGCGGAGGGGAACGUGGCCCGAGUCCCAGUUCCUGUUUGAAAUGCAGGGAGCUGAAAUUAGAGCCCUUUGCCCACAGACAACAGAGUGUCUCUUAAGCAAAGUAAGAUGCGUUGCUUUCAAAGUAAUGUGAAAAUUGCGUGUUGCAUCGAUUUUCUUCAAGUGUAUUGCUCUAAGAAAGGCUUUUUAGGGUUUCAUUCUCUGCGUGGCCUUCUAUUCAGUUCACAUAGCGCAAACAUCCCCGUGCCAUUAUAAAGAAUGCAUCUGACCUUGGCUGCGACUGGCUGUGUCUCAGAGAUAUGCCAUUAUCCCAUUUUUUGUUGCAAAGAAAAAUAUUGAUUAUGCUUAAUUUCAGAAUACACAAAUGCAAAACCACGAGUGGUGUAGUAUUACACCUCAUGUUUUGUGCAUCUAAAAAAAAACAAUGCAGUGAGGAACCUGUUUAAGAAGACAACGUUUCUGUGCAUUCUGAUUACCGCCAUUAGUGCCAUCCUUGUUACGACGCUGGCAUUCAUUAUAUCUGACGGGGAAAGUGCAUCUCACUCUGUUGCCACUGUUCCUCCUUAAUGAGAGCCAAAUGAUAAUUUAGUCAUUUCACAACCAAAGUGGGGAUAAUGAAGAUUGAGGAUAUUGUCUGUGAAAGUCUGCGAAUAUCUCAUGUUGUAAAGCAAAUGUAAUUAUUUGUUAACCGGCUCCACUAAAUGAAAACUAAAAGGGCAAUUGGAAUCUCAUUAAGCUUUGGCACUAAGUAAUAAUAAAUACCAUUUCAAUUAAGUGAAUUGCCAAGGAUUAGCUGCAGUAAGCAGAUACAACAAACUAGGAGAAGGCCUCCCCGGGGGUGAAGGACAAGACCGAAAAUAUCCUCGCCACGAGACAUUUACAUCCCCCCCUAAUAAUCACAUGCACAGUAUAUCAGCUAUGGCGUUAACUUAAGGGCAAGGGAAGGGGGAGAGGGAGGGCCAAUUACACAAAAAAAGCCAGAGAAGUUUGUCAUGAAGCAUCACGCUGCAAAGUUAUUAACUCCCUCAUGCCACUCUCCAAGUGCAUCCGUUCUCUCUUUCUUUUCACCAGCUGGGACACUCUUGCGCUCUUGUGGUCUUGCAUCACAUGCAUAGGGGGUUGAAAAUGACAGCACAUCACUUGGAAGGAUCAGCCACAGUUGACUUUGUCAUGGCAGCCAGUGUCCUGCCACAGGGGAAUCAGUCAGACUGGCACUCUCGGCCUCAAUCCACAUCAAACCCCCAUCUGCACUCACCACGCUUUCUUAAACAGACAGCUUAGACAUCAGGAACUGAUGUUGGAACAAAACUGGGUGGACGGACAGUCACGGGCAGACGCGUGACUGCAAGGACUGUCGUUAAACUUUUUUUGUCUAAAAAAAAAAUGUAAAAUGUAUGGUGUUAUUUACUUGUUUUUGUAUUGUUCCUGAAUUGGUAUUCUUGCUUACUUAAGGUGAAUUCAGGUAAAUUGGGCCACUUUUCCCCCAUUCACUUACAUGCAAAAAAAGUGGCCCAAUUUACCUUAAUUCAUCCCUACGUUCUGGUAGCUUGUGUGUCCCUGGAUAUCUUAAGUGGCCUUUCCUGGUUCAGCCGAGGAGACAGAUGACCUGAAUUGAAUGACAGAAGAGAAACCCCAACUCUGAAAGAAUUAAGGCAGACAAUCAGUGCCCCUGGUUCAAUACACUCCUUGGGUUUGGGCAGAGAGGGAAAGAGAAAAACUGUCAAAACUGUCAUUUUUGUACAGGAAAUUACAAAAUUAAAAAAAAAAACA